AUGCACAGACCCGUACCUCAGCCACCCCCUGUGUCCCCCCCGGUCUCCCCCCCGGUCUCCCCCACCUCACAGAACUCCUUGAACCUCCUGCAGUUUGAAUGUGAGUUCCCGCAGGAGGAAGGGCAUCCAGCUGAAUCCCUGACGGUGCUUCUGCCGGCUCAGUGCAGCGUGUACCAACUGAGGCUGAGGAUCUGCAUCAGUCUGCAGUCCCAGGUGCGAGGCUCGUUCCCGGAGCCCCUCAAUGUCCUCGACCCGGAGAAGAGCAGUCUGCUGUACCAGAGAGAGGACCAGUGGUACGAGGCCUACGACGACGGCCAGGUCCUCCGCACCCUGCACAUCCCCUGGAGCCCCGGCCAGGACGGGAUCAUGUGUGCUCGGGUCCUGGUCAAAAAGGUGGUGGCGUUGGACUCGGAGCUGAGACAGUCUCAGCAGAAGCUCCUCUCGUACCUGAUUGGUCACGAUGUUGAGGCCGAGGCCCGUGAGCGUCUGGAUGAGCUGACCUUCACACGCCGCAAACUGGCGUCGUCACGGAGACAAGCCCUGGCCGGCCGGGACCCGGAGCUCUACGCCACAGAGCCCUGGGUCACAAAGUCCCCUCUGACCGCCGAGAUGACCGCUCUGCUGACGAGGAGGCUCAUGGUCAAUGUGCACUACAGCCGAGACUUUAGCUUCAUGGUCAAGAUGGAGUACAGCGACACACCAGAGACACUGCUCAAGACCUGCCGGACAGCCCUCGUGGAGAGGGGGAUCUCCCCAUCGGAGCCUCUCCUUCUGAAGGUCUCUGGUCGGGAGGAGUUCCUGAGUGGCCCUCACCCCUUCAGCUCCUUCCUGUGGGUGAGGCAGUGUAUGAAGACCCACCUGGACCUGCACCUGUCCCUCCUCCCCCGCUCCUGCCUCCCCCCUGACUCCCUGGACCAUGUGGACUGGCCCCUGGUGGACAGCUUCAGCGGACAGUUCAGUUCCCAUGACGACCUGCGUCUGGACCGCACAGACGUGGACCACAUCUGUAUGAUCUCACUGUGGGACUGCAAACGCAAACUGCGGGUCAAGCUACUGGGCUUUGAUGUCCCUCAACUGCCGGAGAAACUACAGGGAAAGAGCCCGCCGCUCGUGUACGUGGAGGCGUCCAUCUUGUACGGCAGUAAAGUGUGGGCCUCCGUUUGCUCCGCCGCCAAACCGAUGGCAGAGGAGGUGCUGUGGAACGAGUGGCUGGAGUUCGAUGUGCUCCUCAGUGACCUGCCGCGGGGCGCUAAGCUAGGGCUAACCAUCAACACCAAGGCUAAUGACAGCAGCAAGCAGGAAGUGAAGAGGGCAACAGUUAAAGAGAACAGCAAAGACAACAAGAUGGCCGCCGGCAAAGACAACAAGAUGGCCGCCGGCGGGAAAGAGGGCAGAAGAGGCUCCUUGCCGCCCCCUGGACUCGUACAGAAGACCGGGUCGCUGAAGGAGAGCAUGCUCUACUUUGUAAACCUGCUGCUCAUAGACCACAGGUACAAACUCUAA